CGGGAGCCAAUGUUGUGGUGACGGGACGUAACGCCGGGCGAGUGUCAGAAGUGGCCAAACAGUGUCUCGACGUAUCGCCCGAUGGCUUGAAAGCGCUGGAAGUGGUGGCAGACGUGACCAGUGAUGAAGACCUUCAGCGACUGGUGGACACAACUAUCACUACUUUCGGCAAAAUAGAUAUUGUGGUCAAUAACGCGGCCAUUGGCUCCCCGUUGAGCUUUGAAGAUAAGGGUUACGCCUCUGGCUUUAUAGAUAUAAUGAAAGCAAACUUGAAUUCCGUUGUCUUCUUAACCCAUAUUUGUGUCAAACAUUUGGAGAAAACUAAAGGAAAUAUCAUUAAUAUUUGUAGCGUUCUUAGAGUUCAAAUAGCGACCAAAUAUGUCGGCAUAUAUUAUGUCGAAGACAGCGCUGGAUAUGUUCACCAAAUGCAUGGCCGCGGAGUUGGGACCCAAAGGUAUACGCGUUAAUAGUGUUGAUCCUGGUGCAAUUAAGACAAAAAUGCCCCAGGCGUUUUACGACAAUUACGCUAAACUGUAUCCGGUCGGCCGAUACGGCGAGGGCUCAGACAUCGCACACGCGGUCUUGUAUUUGGCUUCAGACGAGUCCUCAUUCAUCACCGGUACGGCUCUGGUGGCCGACGGCGGACAUCUGGUCUCGGCUGCCAUUUAA